CUCUCGAGUUUCCUCUCUUUCUUUCUCUCUUCUCAUUUCGCGCUUAAUAAAUUCUUCCACUAAAAAUAAGAAGAGAGAAAGAAAGAGAGGACAAUUAAACUCGUAUGGAGGAGUCUUAUGGACGCUAUCAAUAUGAACACAAUAAUAUGAACAAUGCGCGCGGUGUAAAUAAUGACAACAAAAUGUGGUUAUCAUCAACCGUUAGGCAACCAACAUCAUCAUGGGAUUUAUAUCAAGAGCCGUCUUAUUCGACGAGGACGAAGGCGGCGGCGGCGAAGGAGACAAAGAGCACGUGGUGGUGGAAUGAUGCUGAGAGGAAGAGAAAACGCAGGGUCGCCAAAUACAAGCUUUAUGCAACUGAAGGAAAGUUCAAGCAUAGUAUCAAGAAAGGUUUUCGUUGGCUCAAGAUCAAAUGGAUCAAGAUGGUAAAAGAUUAUUAAUUAAUUAGAUUCAUACACAACACGUAUGCAUAUAUGAGUUGGAAAAUUGGAAUUCAUUGUAAUAUCUUGUGUAUUGUGUUAUAAAUAAUGAUCGUAACUGCUUGCAUAAAUGUUUGUAUUUUUGUAGCAACCUUCUUUUUUGGUAAUGUUUUUAUGGGGGUUUGAUUUUUCUUUUUAAUUAAUUAAUUAGUUCCUCCAUUUUGUGUAAUUUGAUCCUCUUAUUAUUAGUUCCUGCUUUCAAGGACUCUUUUAUUAAACCAGAAAUUUAUCAACGUGAAA